CGGAGGGAAGAUAAGCCACUUUAUGUAGGCUAGGUAGGCUAGGCAGUAGGUAUCAUUCAGCUCCAAACAUUUCCCCGUAUGACCUCAACUCUUCCCAACUAAAACCCUAUUCAUAUCUCCACAUCACUUGCAUCCCGUGUGAGCUUGCUUGUCUUACUAACUAAUUACUUUAACACACUGCCUUGUCUUGCCUUGCCUUAUCUUCUCUUCUUGCCUUGUUCACAGUCACAAUUGACUUAUUCAUUUUUAGUCUUACAAACUCACCUUGGCAAUCAAGUGAAGGCCUGUAAAAGGUCCAAACGCGUAUUAUUCUGGGUUUGUUCUUCUUGAUCAGUGGUUCUCUUGUGUAUUUAUUGUUUCUGCUGGACAGUGCCGAGAUUGGUCGUUCUUAAAAAACCCCGAGUCUAUCUCAGCCUUCUUUGUCUCCAAACCAUCAUUGAUUGCCUUACCAUACCUCGGAAGCCGCUCUCAAUACUCGGAUGUCUACCUUGCCUACUCUGUGAUAUUUCACCGCAUACUACCACUACUCUUCCAAGCAUUAUAAUCAAGUCAAGCAAGCAACAAAUAAGCAAACCACGGUCCGCGGAACAUUUCCGGCGCAAUGGGUCUCGCGUAUAACACGUAUCUUAAUAGCAACAAGAUCUACGGAUGCAAGAACUGCAAAGCGCACCUGGCCAACCAUGACGAUAUUAUAAGUAGAAACUUCCGCGGCCAGCAUGGCAAAGCCUACCUCUUCAACACCGUCGUAAAUUUCGAAGCCGGCGAGCCAUCCGAGCGCAGCAUGACCACCGGUCGCCACAUCGUCCGCGACAUCACCUGUAAGCAGUGCAAGGAGACCGUCGGCUGGAAGUACGACCGCGCCUACGAGUCUUCUGAGAAGUACAAGGAGGGGAAAUUUAUCCUCGAGGCUGAGCUCUUGUGCAAUGUCAGUUAGAUCUUCGAAACGAACGGACGGACGAUAUGAUAACUUGCUACUCUUCGAUCGAUUAGCUGGGCAGUUGAAAUGCCUAAUAUAGAAUGAAAAUGGAACGAUAAGGAGAUAGGAGUCGAAAUGGAAUGAAUCGCUUCGAUUAGCAAACAGGUUGCUAUCCCAGCUGCGAUACGCUACGGAGGGGUGCGAAUUUGAGUGCGCUUGCGGUGUGUUGGUCUCGUCUUGCCUCGUGCAGUCCAGUAAAAAGAGGCGGAAAGUGAGAAGUUACUCGUCUACAACGUGUUAUUAUGUGUUAUAUGUUCUAUUCAGCAUGGGCAUGCAUUGGUCUGGCGUUUUUGGUACAUGGAUAUGAGGUGGUUUGCUCAAUGAUUUUUUUGCUAGACGGGAAAACGGCUAAGCCUCCCGUUUGAUUACAACGCCUGCACGGCUCUGCUCUGAACACUCGUGGAGGUCUCUUAAGAUCGGAUCGGUCUCUUUCUAGGUCAUUCUUCUUGAACUUGGAAGAUUAUACGAGGAUGGAGGAGCUACCGUGCGUUGGUUUCUACAUCUACUUUUUAUCAAGAGAUAUCUAACCCUUGCAUUGAAUGAUCGAAUAUCUAUAUAUGGUGAUAUAUGGGAUGUAGAGGCAUUCAUAGGGCCUGUUUUUGCAGGCGUAGUAGUAAAUGCUGCUCCCUGCUAAACUAUACGAAGCCAUUUCCAUUGC